GGUGAGGCAGGCACGAUGGCGGCCCGCGGAGCCUCCGGGAAGCGUGGCGGGCCUCGAGGCGGGGCGGGAGGCCAGGAGGAGGCGCCCCCGCCACUACAGGCCGUGCUGGUGGCCGACAGCUUCAACCGGCGCUUCUUCCCCGUCUCCAAGGACCGCCCGCGGGCUCUGAUUCCCUUGGCAAAUGUGGCCAUGAUUGACUACACGUUAGAAUUCCUCACAGCAACUGGUGUGGAGGAAACCUUCGUCUUUUGCUGCUGGAAGUCGGCAGAGAUCAAGGACCAUAUACUGAAAUCAAAAUGGUGCCGUUCAAACUCUCCAAACACGGUGCGGUUUGUGACCUCAGACCUCUAUCGCUCACUUGGUGAUGUGCUGAGGGAUGUGGAUGCCAAGUCGCUUGUCCGUUCAGACUUCAUUCUUGUCUCUGGAGAUGUUGUGUCCAAUAUUAACGUAUCCACAGCUUUACAGGAACACAGGUUACGACGUAAGCUGGAGAAGAACGUGUCUGUGAUGACCAUGAUCUUCAAAGAGUGCUCGCCAGGUCAUCGAGCUCGGUGCCAAGAGGACGAUAUUAUCAUUGCCACGGACAGUGCUACCAAACGAGUGCUGCACUACCAAAAAACCCGAGGACUGAAACGCUUCCGGUUCCCCAUGAGUUUGUUCCAGCGUAAUAUUGAAGAAGUCCAAGUACGGCAUGAUUUGUUGGACUGUCAGAUUAGCAUAUGUUCUCCACAGGUGGCUGAGCUGUUUACAGAUAACUUUGAUUAUCAAACUCGAGAUGACUUUGUGCGUGGCCUUUUGGUGAAUGAAGAAGUCCUGGGCAACCAGAUCCAUAUGCAUGCAACAUCAGAAGAGUAUGGUGUCCCUGUAUCUAACUUGCUGAUGUACGAAUCCGUAUCCUCUGACAUCCUCCAACGCUGGGUGUAUCCAAUGGCUCCUGAGAUGAACAUCACUGGCGACGAGAAGCAGAGCUGCACCCAUUCCCGGCACAACAUCUACCGGGGGGCGGAGGUGAGCCUGGGCCAUGGCAGCGUGCUUGAAGAGAAUGUCCUCAUCGGGCAGGGAACUUCUGUGGGCAAAAACUGCUCCAUAUCCAACAGUGUCAUUGGCCCCAACUGCAAUAUAGGUGAUGAGGUUGUUCUGGACAGGGCGUUCCUGUGGAAUGGGGUGAGCGUGGCAGACGGUGUGACAAUCCGGCAGUCAAUUGUCUGCGAUGAAGCUGUAGUCAAGAAAGGCGUGACACUAAACUCGCACUGUGUCCUCACUUCCCAGGUGGUGGUGGGUCCUGAUAUAACCCUUCCAGAAGGCACUGUUAUCUCCCUCCAUCCUACAGAUGAGGUGGAGGAAGACGAUGACCAGUUCAGCGAUGAUUCUGGGGUGAACAGAGAAGAGAGCAAGGCAAAGCUAAAAGGUUACAACAUUGCAGAAGUUGGUUCAGAAGGCAGAGGUUAUCUUUGGAAAGCUGACAGUGAGAAUGAUGUGGACCGAGAGGAGCAAACACAUAGUCUUUGGGGUCCUAUUUUAAGUGCCGAAGAAGAAAGUGAGUCGGAAAGCAACAUGAGUGAGGGGUCUGAGCAGCCAGACAGUCGGUCGGUCUCCCCCCAGUUGGAUGACGUCAAAGUUUUCCAGAAUGAGGUGCUGGGGACCCUGCAGAGAGGUGAAGAGGAAAACAUCUCCUGUGACAACCUGGUUUUGGAGAUUAACUCUCUUAAAUAUGCCUAUAAUAUUGGCUUGAAAGAGGUGAUGGAGGUGCUCAGCAAAGUGGUCCUAGAAUUCCCCCUGCAGCAAAUGAAUGCAGAAAAGGAUCCCAAGCGCUAUUGUGUGCUGAUAGUCCCGUUACUGAAGAAUUGGGCUCCAGUCUUCAAGAAUUACAUAAAACGAGCCACGGACCACUUGGACGCCUUGCACGCCAUUGAAGAGUUCUUCCUGGAACACGAGAGCCUGCGUGUGUCCAUGGCCGAAGUGCUGAUGACGUUCUACCAGCUGGAAAUUUUAGCAGAAGAAAUGAUUCUUACCUGGUUUUCUCAACGGGAUGCAUCAGAUAAAGGCAGGCAGCUACGUAAAAACCAGCGGCUUCAGAAAUUUAUCCAGUGGCUGGAGGAGGCAGAAGAGGAGUCAUCCGAGGGAGAGGAAAACUGACUUGUCAGCCCCAGUCAGAAAGAGACGCCCUGCUCUCCCCGCGUCCGAGGGGAAGAAGGGCCUCGGCCUCAGGCUUUGCCAGAUGAGGUGCUGGAGCCGGAGCAAGACCGGGUGCAUGGCGUGUGCGUGUGGGACCCGUGAACCCAAGUUGACUGACAAUCCCCUUGUUAUUUAUCUCUAUACAUAGCAUCUAUUCCUGGAAAGGCACUUCAUGCAGGACAUGCUUGAAUUACUGGCCGGAAAAGCCAGAGACCUGUGUAAUUUUUUAAAAGAUCUUUCUGAAAUUCUGUAUAUGCACAUGCACAUGUGCACACAGUCGCACACACAGUCCCACAGACACACACAGACAUAUUAAACUGUGUGUGUAUAUGUGUUGUUGGGGUGGAAAGACAGAGAGCGUGGGAGCAAUCCACUGGCGCAGAAGGCUCGCCACAGGUGCAUUUGGUAAGGUGGAAAUCCCAGGCCAGCCUCAGAUGGGAGUCACUUCUGUGUUGUGUAAAAGAGGUUCUGUGAAACCAAAACUGCCCAAAGCCUUGAUGUUCCUGGUGUGCUGCAUGUACAGGUAACAUCCCAUUCUUCGAUUCAGCUGACAAUGCUGGAGACACAUAAACAGAGGUCAGCAACCCAAGCUCAGAAUAUGAGAAGGUGCUUUUAAUGAAGGCAAAGUUGUUAAAUGAUAUCAAGUAAUUCAGCCACAAAGAGGGGUCGGGGUGGGCGAGGGGAGAAGCAACUUUUCCUAAAAGGAUACGGUUUGUGCCUACAGGGAAGUUAGCUUCUGUUUUGGCUUGAAUGGUGCCAAAACCACAGGGCCUUUUCUGUUUCACUUCUGUCUGUACAACAUGGGGAAAGUGUUCACCUACCUCACAAGGAGUUUGCAAGUGAAUAAUCUGUAAUGGGUAGGCAUUCUUGUGCUCCUGGCAGAGGGAACCCUUUGUCAGUAUCCGUCCUCCUUGGCAAACAGUUAGAUUCUCUGAUCUGGAAGGGCAGGUCCAUUUCACCCAUCCUGCGGAAGGAGGAACGGAUAUUUGAGAAGGUGCCGGGUUCUAUCUGCUACCAUUGCUGCUAAGUAGGCUUAUCACUUCAUAACCCUUUCCGAGUUCCUUGGUGACCACAGUGACACAACGUAGAUGCAAGCUAGCUUAGUCCCAUAUCACUUCCUGAUAAUUCUGGAAAUUAUUUUCUCAGAAGUCAACAGAAGUUCUCUAGCUCUGGGUUUGGCAUAAAAGGAUGUGGUUACCUAUUCUCUUCCCCCUUGGCAGCAAGGGAUUUGGUCACAGGUUCUCUUCU